AUGGAUAACUACUCCUACAACUCUUCCUACCCGGAGUCCGGUGACUCCUCGCCGCGCUUCCGCGAGAUCGAGUUCGAGAACCCGUCACCGUGGGAGGAUUCGCAGGGCGGCGGCCAGCCGCCGGCGCCGCCGGUGAUGAAGUCGGUGACCGGAGCGCCGGCUCAGGGAUACUACGCCGUUCAGAGGAUGCCGCCGGAGUUGUACCACCAACAGCAGCAGCAGCAGCAGAUUUACAACAUGGUUCCACAGGCGGCGGCGGCGCCACCACCGCCGCCGCCACAAGGGGCAGCGGGAUACUCGGAUGGUUUCGGGAUGGUGGCGCAGGCGGGGUACGCGCAGGUGGUGUACGAUGGCAGUAUAGGGAGACAGGUGUUGUACGCCGCGCCAGGGGGUGUGAUGGGGGCGUCGCCGGUGCCGGUGCAAGUGGGUGGAGUGGGCAUGGAUAUGCAUAUUCGACAAGGUGGGGGCAUGGGUCCGGAAAAUGCGGGUAAGGGUGUGGCAAAAGUUACGCAGGCCUCCGUCUGA